UGUGUUUCUUUAAGAUGUGAAAUACGACAGACCAUCAUGUAGUUUUUGAAUUAUCACUAACUGUUCUUUACUUUUUAUAAUGCAAAAACUUUCUGUUUUGUUUAAAUUAAAUUAAACUGAAUCAAAUUUUAUUCUACAAACAGGUUCUUUAACAGGUUCUUUCAAAAAACUUUUAUUUUCUAAUCUUUACAAGAAUUGAUAGGAGACAUCGAUCGACCCAAUGAAUGUCUUAUUUUAGUUAAAUCGGAUAAAUCUAUAUGAACUGAAAACGGACCUUGUCUGUUAGCAAGAGCGCCCUAAUCUAAACAUUUCAUGAAUUUGUAUUCGAUUGUUUAUCGACUAUAGCUGGCUCUAGGAUUUUAAAUGCUCAGACUAGCGUAUAAAUUUCCAAAUUGUCGAGAUUCAGCCAAACGUAUACCAGGACAACGAAUCAUUCCAACAUGCACUUAAAAAAAUGAAAAAAGCACUCCGUGAUUUCGAUGAAUAAUCGUAAGUUGUAUUCACUUCACGGUCAAUUGGAUAAACUAACAUGAUUCAAAUAUAUACUACGCGCACUCAAAAUUCUGACACAUACCAUGAUAAAUUACCUGAACUGAUCAUGGCUCUGUUUUGUUUCUCUCUUCCGAUACCAAGGGAGGAUAUUCGUCAGUUAUCCAAAAGAAAUCGAUGCGGGGAUAUGUUUACAACAAUGUUUAUCUUAAUGGCUAUCAGCAAUGAAUCGUAAUCGGAAAGUAAAGCACCUUUCUUGUAAGUUAACAUGCAUACAUGGCGGUAAAUAAGCUGCGUCAUUCACUUACUUAUUCUCAGGAAUACGAAAAACCUUCAAAAGGUAAUUUAGUCAGAUUUCACGGGGUGAGGUGAACAAAACUUUUCAAACCGUUAGUAUUUCUACCAAUUGUCAACACUAACCGACAUCACAGUGAACCUCAAAAAACUGAAUUAUCAUUUUAGGAAAAGAGAGAACAAGAUCAUACAGAAGUUUUUCCAAAGAUGCCUCCAUUUUUUUCAAGUAGAAGACGAUUUUUCCGUCGGUGGUUUGAUUUCAACUGAUGACGUUGACAGUGGACUCAAGAGAGCAGUAUAACGCGAAAAAACUCUCGCAAUAAUUUCAAUGACGCACACGCUUUGUUGUUCUAAAAUAGGUUACUUCUGCGUUCUAACCAGUCAGUGACAACCUCAAGUUAUCGACAGUUAAACUAGAGCCAACAUUCAAUAAGUAUGAUGACUCUUGUUUUCUCAGAUUUUCGUCGCAGUUUUCUGUCCUUGACCCUUAUCGUGGCGUGUCAAACGUCUGCUAAGCCAGGUAACAGCGCUAGCACGCCAGUCGGUUCUUCACCCACAAACCGAUGUAAAAAUGUCUACUUUAGCCUCCAUGCAGGAACACCAAACAAGAAGAUUGGAACACUUCUUCAGGAAAUGAAGAUACAGCUUAUGCACGUUAAAAAUGAUGUCAGCAUUAUCAAAGCGAGAAACAACACUUCAUGUAAAGGUAUGUUCACAAUAGAUUAUCAUUUUUUCCUUUCCAUUUGUUUGGAAUUGUUACUCAGAUAAGGGAAAUCCUAUGGAUUUUAAUCUUGUCUAUCCUGUCCUGAUUAACCUCUUCUCAUUUCUGAAGAAUCUACAGAAACUCUCCUUAGAGAAAUAAAAGAAACACUUCUCGAAAUGCAAAACGACAUUGCUUCUAUCAAAGAAAACAAGAUGCUCAGUGAAUCUCGACACACCUGUACUGAAGGUAAGAGACAAAUGGAGAAGCUUGUCAUGUUAUCAACAAAGUCUUACGAUUCUCGCGCAAAUCCAUUUAUGUCUUCCAACAGUUAAGAAGAACUGUGCUGAGCUGUACAAAUCUGGUAAAACAAGUAGCGGUGUUUAUACGAUUGACCCUGAUGGUCACGGUGCCUUUAGUGUCUUCUGUGACCAAACGGCAGCCGGUGGGGGGUGGACAGUGUUUCAGAAGAGACUGGAUGGCUCGGUUGACUUCUAUCGCGGCUGGACCGAUUACAAAAAUGGCUUUGGUAAUCUGCAUGGUGAAUUUUGGCUAGGACUGGACAAGAUACACCGUCUUACAACAACUAUAAAGAACAAGCUCCGUGUACAUCUGAUGGACACCAAAGGUAAAACUGCUUACGCCGAAUACAACAUGCUUGCUGUUGCCAGUGAGAAUAAAUACAAGCUGAGCCUUGGAACUUACUCAGGUAACCUCGGUGAUGAUAAAGAAAUCUAUUUUUAUGAUAACUUGCAGUAUUCACUGACUGAACUUGAAACAGCGCUUUUAACUUGCUUCGAUAAACCAAUUGAACUCUAUGGAAUCAUUUAAAUAUUCGCUAACAGAUAUAUAAAUCAGAAAAUUAUAGCUCGUCGCAUUAACUUAGAACAUUGAUUUUAGUCUGAAAAGUGAAUCGACUUUAAUGCUAUUUUAAUAAAAAUAGCUUCAAAAAGUUGUUUUUAUCUGUUUCGUGAACACCAGAUUAAUCGAUAGGCUUCUUUUGUAGCUUUCCAAAUUAAUUGCAUAGCACCAUGGGAAAAAUUCCCUCUGCUUCGAAAACUUUACUUUUUCCAGGAAAUGCGGGCGAUUCUCUUUCUCGUCAUCGUGGGCAGCCCUUUGCAACCAAGGACAAGGACAGAUAUCGCUGUGCUGUGACCUACAAGGGAGCCUGGUGGUACGAGAGCUGCCAUUCCACUAAACUGAAUGGACUAUACCAUCACGGAGCGCACUCAUCUUAUGCCGACGGAGUCAACUGGUAUAACUGGAAAGGAUAUCACUACUCCGUCAAGAAAGCUGAGAUGAAAAUCAGACCGGUGCAAGUUUGAAAAUUUUGUUUUGUUUAUUUCCAAAAGUUGAAGAAUAACGUGUAGAGGAAAACACACGAGACAAAGAUUAAAAAGGGCAUUUUUUAGCUUGGUUUUAAGACUUUUCAAAUGACUUUUGACAUUGGGACUGAAAUCUGACAGAGCUCUCUUUUCGAAUGUCUAGAAGGAAAGUUUACAUUCCUUCCUUCUUGAGUUUGAAACAAAAUAGACGUG